CUAGAGAGAGAGAUUGGGCGGAGGCCAGGAGGACUUACCUGCAGCGCCGUUGCUCCAGCUUCGUCUUCGAGGUACCUGCAGCACAGUGCCAACUUCACAGGUACCCCCUGCGGCAGCAUUGGUGAGUUGCCACGUCAGCAGACCACGUCAGCAGGCCACGUCAGCAGGCCACGUCAGCAGGCCACGUCAGCAGACCACAUCAGCAGGCCAUGUCAGCCGGCAACAGUGCCAUGUCAGCAGCAGGGAGUACCACGCCAGCAGGCCCCCGGCCUGGUCUAUGCUGUUGCGUUCACAAACGGUCGUCAUGGACCAGAGGUCCGGGGAAACGGACGAGGCCUAUCAGGCUCGGAUGCUGACCUGGAGUACCGAAACCAAGAGACGGGCGGAUGACGCAGCAACCGCAGCGAAGAAGAAGGCGGAGGACGCCGAGAAGGCACGUUUGUUGGCAAUCGAACAGCAGCGCCAGCAAGACGAGGAAGCAGCAAGGGCUGCCGAUGAAGAACGAAGUCAACGACGCGAGAAGAUAUUCGGGAGAGAGCGAGCCUUGCUCACAAUGGCGGCGGAAUGGCGGACAAAGGCCGAGAAUGGAAAGAUGGAGGAGAGUGAAAACAAGAUCGCUCUACUCCUCUCCCAUCUCACGGACCUCUUGACCACAUGCAUUGCACAGCAAGACAUCCACAGCCUCGACGACAUGGUUCAGCAGCACAAACGGGCGGUAGAUAGCCGCCUCCAACAGCUGGAACAAACCAUCGCCGCCCCCGUUGCCAGCUCCUCCAACACCUCUGAUCGCCUCGAGGCCUUGGAGAUUGACGUCGGAUCCCUCAAGGACGGUGUGCAGUUACAGCACACCGCGACGCAACAGUUGGAGCAUCACAUCUGUGCUGCAGCCGCCAACCCAAGUUCGGGACAGCGGGAGUCAACUCCAAAGUUCGAUGGUCAAGAGAUCUUCUGCGAUUCGACGAAGACGGAGCCGAUUCCGUGGUUCCACAAGUUUGAACUCACGUUGCAGCUCCAUCUUGUCGGCGAAUACAAGCACCACGCGUACUUAUACUCCCGGUCGGGAGGCGCAUGUCAAGCAUGGAUGGACAAUCUCUUGUCCAAGUACGGGGUGGUCGCUGCAGAGUUGCACACCAAGAUCAGUUGGGAUGAUCUAAAGGCGGCAUGGCAUAAGCGGUUCCAAGUAGAGUCGUCGGAGAUCAAGGCAAUGGACAAGCUAAUGGUCUUCGAACAAGGCACGCUGCCGAGUACYGACUGGAUUGCCGAGUACCAACGCUUGACAUCCGUCCCAGACAUUCAAAUGGGCUUCAAAGCCAUACGCCACUAUUUUAUCUCAAGGUCGUGUCCGACAUUAAGCAAUGCCUUGACUCAUGUUGAGGACACCCUGACGACAACGGCGGAACUAUUUGACAAGGCCGCACAGAUUAUUGUCACGAACAAGGAGGCUAAGAACCUGCGUUCAUCUGCGGCAGAUCUGAGCAGAGAUCAACAUCGACCGAAAGUGGUCGUGGUCGCGGCGGCAACGCCGUUUGACCAAAUUAGCGAGGCCGUGUCUGCCAAUGAGGGGGACAGACUCGCAGUUGCCCGGGAAGGUGGCCGCCCCGGCAAAGGCCGAGGACGCGGCAAGGCGAAGACAAACACCGCAUCUAGCCCGGGGCCCGACGCAACAGCCCCAACCCCAUGGGCCCACAUCAGCAGUGCCACGUCAGCAGUGCCACGUCACAGUGCCAAGUCAGAGUGCCAGAUCAGCAGUGCCAGAUCAGCAGUGCCAGGUCACAUUGCCACGUCAGACAUAGUGCCACGACAACAGUGCGACGUCAGACACAAUGCCACGUCAGCAGUGACGUCCGACACAGUGCCACGUCAGCAGUACCAUGUCAGACACAGUGCCACGUCAGCAGUGCCACAUCAGCAGUGCCACGUUAGCAACAUGACGGGCCUGCCAGGCCAACUGGCCAAUGAGACCAUUGUCGCCUACAAGCAGCGUUGCCUGGCUCAGAUAGAGGCUGAGGAACAACGCCUGCUGGCAGUCGAGGCUGCCCGCGUACAGGCUGAAGAGGCAGCAUCAGCAGAGAAGCUGCGGCUACAGGCCGAUGCAGACGCAGAUUCCCAGGCUCGCCGCAAGGAAGCCCAGGAUCUGUUACAGUGGCAUGAAGCCACAAGCAUCGACAGACUCAAGUUCUGGCAUUUUGAACCAAACGGCGACGAGGCAACAACGGAAGAGCAGCAUAAGGAGUUCCUCUCCAAACUUGUGACACGGUUGCUGUAUGCUUUUAACUACCAACGGUCGGAGUUGGAGAGACAGUACCAGGACCUGACGCAACAACAUCAGGAGUUGGCGACGCUCCGCCGCACAGUGCAGAGCCACGAGGAUGCAACUAGGGCACUCAAUGCCCGAUUGCUGGACCUGGAACAGGCUGUACCAGGACCAACUGCUGGGGCUUCCAGCAGUGCACCCUCUAGCCGCCAACUGGAGGAACGCGUUGACCACAUCCUGGCCAUGCUCGGCGACAUUAACACCUUCGCUGCGCCGUCCACCAUCAGCACUCAGCUGCAUACCUUGAAGACCGAGGUCCAACAGCUGCAGUCGACGAACGCAGAUGGCAAUCAGAAAAUGCCAACUUUCCAACUGGAAAAGUUCGACGACUACACGCAGCAGGAUCCGACCCUCUGGUGGGAGGCAUUCACGACGCAACUCAGGAUUCUGUCUGUCGCUAAGCAUAAGUACAUCGGCGCCCUGUUCCUGAACUCAAAGGGCGGAUGCCAGACCUGGUUGACCCACCUGGCAACCUCCCACGGCGUCGACGUACCGGACCUCAAGGACAAGAUCACAUGGGAAGAACUGACAUGGCUGUGGAAGAAGCGGUUCAUCGUUGACGACGCGCCGACACUCGCCAUCAACCGUUUGUUCACCAUGUCACAGGGCAACACUGCAACACGGGAUUGGCUCACAGAGUGGCAGAAGAUUGCGCCAGUGCCCAAUCUGGACCUGCCUUUCACUCAUCUCAGGCAUGAGUUCUACAACAGGUCCUGUGCUGCAUUGAGCCAGGCUCUUGGUGAUCGCGAGCAGUGCGCCACCUUCGCCGAGAUUAUCGACAAGGCGCGAGAGAUCAUCAAGACCAACAGGUCAACUGCACAUGAGAAAUUAACAUCAUGGCAGCCGACCUAUGUGGAGAAGGUACGAACUGGUCCGCGACAGCAGCACUUCGCUGCAGUCCAGCAGGACAAUGGGGAUUACCCAGCAGCCACUCCAGCAUCAAGUGACGGAGAUCAGGUGGCUGCUGUCCAGCCGCGAAGCACCAACAAGUCCCGCAACAAUGGGAAGGCGAAAUCCGCMUCGCAGGCCGGAAAUGGACAGCCAUGACAGUUUCCAUGGGUCAAGUUUGGCUUGACCGAGGCGGAGUACAAAGUUUGCGGCCGCUACGGCAGCUGCUAUUGGUGC